AUGUAUUCCCGAAGUCUUUGGGACUUCGUCCCGGCUUCCGCUGCCGGAGAUCUGUAUCAGGUAGCUACUGACCCGGUUUCCUACAAUGCGGCAAACCGGGUGCCUAUCCGCUUCUGGAUCCCUGCGCUGCUUGUUGCUGCGUGGCGUGCCCAAGCAAGGAUGCUGCGCUCCGAAAGGAGCUUUUUGGAGGCAAAAAGGUGUGUCUCACACCUGGGUGGUCGAGAAAUCCGAGCUUUUUCGCAGACCCGAGUCAGUUCGGAAUCCGCCAAAUCAAAUCCGCGAUUCGAGGAUGCGCUCAUGGAACAAAAAAAGCUGUCGGAUCAACAACAGCGUCCGAAAAUCACGCCUUUUUCAGCUUUCAAUCAUGAAAUGGCGUCGAUGACACGGAACAAAAACAUGAAAACAAUCGUGUUUCUCGCGAUUUGCGGAGUCGCUUUCGGCGCAUCGGAAACUAGAGAUUCGAUGUCGAACAAACCUUUCAGAAACGCAGCCAGCGAACAUGGACAAGCCGGAAUCAUUGCGACUCUUUACGCAGAAUACUGCGGUGAUUUGUCACAAUGCUUCGAAGUUUCCCUGGACAACACUAUUUCCAGUGCACGGGUUUUCGGAAUCUGGCUGUUUUAUGACGGAUACUCGUACGGAUUGAACGACGAUUUGGACGUGAUUUGGGUGUGGGGUGACGAUUCCUACUACGACUUCGAACGUCUGGACAACGCUGUUUCUUCAGUGCGAUUCGUUGGACCUGAAGCCGAUUUCCUCGGGGAUUCCGUCACCUUGUUCAGCAGUGAAGUGUUCAAAGCCUGGGAAUACUUCAUCUUUGAGGAUAUGGCGCAAUUGCCCGGAUGGACUUAUUUCACUGACUCCUUGAUCGUCACUGGAUCCAGCACAUGGACCCUCUAUGAAUACGAGUUCUACCAAGGAAGAAGCGUUUGCGUGGGACCUGCUGAUAACGAUGGCAACCCUGGUCUAUAUCCAACUGUUGCAACCAUCGGAUUAGGCCAGGACAUCACUAUUAGUUCUGCUAGACGAGGCUGCUUCAACUCAGUGGAAUCAAAGCCGAUUAAAAUCGAGAAGAACGUCGUUUAUUCAUCCAAGGACUUCUUAUAAAACUGUGAAGUUUUUUCUCGUAUUUUUAGGACUUUGGUCUGGGUCGCUCAAUAAAAAAACAUUGCCCACAAA